AUGGGGCGCGAAGGUGUUUUCGCCGCGCUGGGCCCAGAUGGGUUGGAGUUGAUGUUGGGAGGCCCGGUGGGACCUUUGGUGCCGACAAGGCGGGCCAACCUAGCAGAGGACUACUGCCACAUCGGAAUUUCCGAGUUGCAGUACCUUCUCCUGAAGUGCUGUCUCCUCCUCGGGGUCAGCGUCGAGUUGGGCGUGGAGUUUCGCGACACGGUGCACCGACCUGGUGAAGGUUGGAUUGCCAUCACAGAGCCUCCGUUGGUGGGACCCGAGCUCGCGGCGCACGCCUUGGUCUGCUGCGACGGCGCAGCCUCCCGGAUCGCAGCUGCGCGAGGUGCCACAACCGUUUCUGGCGGCCUGGGCAAAGAGGGCCAGGCAAUCGGGGUCGUGGCCAACUUUGUGAACGGUCGCAGCAAAGCCGAGCGAGACCUUCGCCAGUUCUCCUGGGCCAGGCAGUUCAACACAAGCCUCUUCAAGAGUCUGAAGCAGAAGGUGGGCGCUGAUCUGGAGAACAUCGUGUACUACCGGGGCGAAGAGAGCCACUACAUGAUCAUGACCCCCUCGAAGCAGUGCCUGGUUGAGAAGGGCUGCCUCCACAAUGCGGAGCAGCUGGAUGGCGCUCCGCUGUUGCACCCUUCGAACGUCGAGAUCGAUAACCUCAAGGGACUGGCGCAGGAGGUUGCACAGCAUUUCGGCUUGCCCACGGAGUUCACGCCAACACAGUCGGUCAUGGUCUUCGACUUCUCCGACACCAAGCGCCACGACCAGGCGCUACUCUUCCAGGAAGCCCCUGGGGCGGACCAGCCUCUUCCCAUCUCUCUGGCAGGCGAUGCGUUGCUGGAGCCCUUCUGGCCCACAGGCCUCGGGUGCAUCCGCGGGUUCCUGGGAGCCAUGGACGCGGUGUCUUGCCUCGGCUCCUUCUUCGUGACUGGGGACCGGGACCAGGCCCUGAGGAAGGCAGAGGCGGCCUACAGGGCGCUGAAGUCGGUGGACGCUCAGACGAAGGACAUGACGCUAAAGCCAGAUGCCGA